AUGUCAGAGGUAUCGGAACCGAGUCAUCACCUGAAAACUCCAGGCAGCCCCUCAGGUGGGAGUAGCGGGGACCGUGUUGUGGAGCAUCCCCCGAGCUGCAAGCAGAAGAGCGCAUUCCCCGAGUCCGACGACAGAGGGCGCCAAAGAGACCGGCAGCAGCGCCAGGAGGAGGACCGGGAUAUCAACACAGACAAGUUAUGGCAAUCGAAAGGCGCACAACAGAGGGGGGUGUGCCCUGACAUAGCUGGCGGAAACGACCUCUCAAAGUACCACAAGAAAUCAGAGGGGAAUCACCAGCAUCUGCAGCAUGGCAAUGGAGACGGGGACCACCAGGACUCCGAUCCGGGCAUUCUGGACACACGCGCGGGCAAGAAGCGACAUCGGCGCCGUGCAUCCAGAAAGAAGCGCCACUGGAAGCCCUAUUUCAAACUUUCCUGGGAGGAGAAGAAGGCGAUGGACGAGAGGGAGACAGCCAGGGCGUCCCGUGUCAGAGAGGAGAUGUUCGCCAAGGGUCUCCCAGUGGCCCCCUAUAACACCACCCAAUUUUUGAUGGACGAGCAUGACAGAGAGGAGCCAGAUCUGAACACGGAGAGCGGUGGGCUGAGACGGCAGUCCGGGGUGGGCGUGGGGCUGGAAGACACAGGCAGCGAAGAGGACUUUAUGGAGAGCUCUGCAACUAAUAAUAACGAUGAUGAGGAUGAAGAGGAAGGGAGCGAUGGCAUAGGGAGGCCUGGCAAUGCUGGCGGAGAGUUUCUUCAGAGAGACUUUUCAGAAACCUACGAGAUGUAUCACGUGGAGAGUCUGCAGAAUAUGACCAAGCAGGAGUUGGUGAAGGAGUACCUGGAGCUGGAGAAGUGCAUGUCGCGCCUGGAGGAGGAGAACAACCGACUGAGGAAAGCUGCAGAGCCCCCAGAGAGCGGCCCGUCCCGUCUGACAGAGCUGGAGAAGGAGCUGGAGAGACUUAAGGCCCAGAACACUGAGCUCCUGCAGAACCAGCUUGCAGCCAAGUGA